AUGUCGCGCGGCGGACGACCUCGCGCCGACCGCGCUCUCUCUCCUUCUUCUUCUUCAAUCCUUCCAAAGUCAAAACUUUGUAUGAUGAAGCCCCUGCGGAACGGACGAUUCCCUCGCCCUCGACGCCUCGCUCGCUGUCGGACCGCCUGCUCUCGGGUGGUGCUGGGCCACGGCGGGCGACGGACCGGGGGCGUGGAUGCGUUAAGGCGCUCGCCGCAACCCAUAACCUUGUUUACACCAAACGAGCGUCGGGCAUGCCUGAACCUUUCAAGUUUCAAGGCGGCGGAAGGAUUUCUCUCGGGCUCUUUCGGGCGUGUGUGGUCGUGUAGCUGGGCGAGAAUGUAUUUCGUGUACAAGCUGAUCCCGUUCGAGUCGUCCCGCGAGCAGGAGAGACCCGGCUUGCUCGUCGACGACCUCCCGCUCCUCUUCCUUCUCCCACAACCCCUCGCUCGCUUCAGGUGCCUCCCUGCAAGCUCGCGCUUGGUCUCUCUUGGCUAG